AUGGAGGCAGGAGACUUUCAGGAAUCAGCUCAAACUCACCGGCAACAAUUUACAACAAGUAAACUCUCCUUUUGUGACCACAAACUUGAAUAUGCUGAACCAUUGAUUAAAGAUGGUAAGAAGAUUGCCCAGGUUGAUAUUGAAGAGGUGAAAUUCCAAUAUGCUAAUUGGAGUUCUGCUGUUAUUUGUAUGGUCCUUGGUGCAAAUCCUCCAAUGGCUGUGUUUGAAGGGUUUAUCAAAAUGGUUUGGGGCCAUUUAGGGAUUGCUCAAAUCGCCAGGAUGACAAUGGGGCUGACUAUGGUUAAGUUUAAUGAUGAUGCUACUCGAGACCAUGUGUUGGAAAAUGGUAUCCUUCAAUUUGAUAGGAAACCAGUUAUCAUUCUUCCAUGGACAACUGAUCUAAGUGCAUUUCGUAUGAUCUGUUCAGUGCCUCUUUGGAUUAGGUUACAUGAUUUAGGCUUUCAGUAUUGGGGUAGCAAAUGCCUUAGUGCUCUUGUAAGUAUGAUAGGCAAACCGAUAAUGGUAGACAAAUUUACUCGAGAGCGAUCUAGAGUUCAAUUUGCAAGGGUCCUGGUGGAGAUGAAUAUCACAGAUAAUCCUCCUAGGAUUAUACAAUACCUGAAUGAACAUGGUCAGCUUAUAGAACAAGGGGUGGACUACGAAUGGCUUCCUGUUAAAUGUAAAACUUGCUUAGGUUAUGGUCAUUCCAUGGUAGACUGCCGAAGGAAGAUGAAAACUGAGUGGAUCAAGAAGGACAAUCCACCUAAAACUUCUCCUGAGGAAGGGCGGGACAAGGACGAACAACCUUUGGGUGAACUACCUGAUCUGCCUAGGGACUUGGCUGAAGCUGCUACUGUUGCUGAGGGUCAGAGGUACUAG